GUGAUUGUAGAAAAAUGGCCGCGGUGCAGUGGCGUUCCCGUGGACGCAACUAUGACGCGGAGCUGCAGAGGUGUCGUCCUGAAAUGGCACCGGUUGAGUUUGGAGACUACCAUCCCCUGAAACCCAUCAUGGUGACCGACACAAAAACCCGCCGUGGGGCUCGUAAAGGCAGCACCUCCUCCUCUUCCUCCUCCUCCUCCUCAGUGCCCCCAGACCCCCUCAGCUCCAUGCUGGACGGCACCGACCCUCUGUCCAUGUUUGCAGCAGCGUCAGCCACUGAGACUCCAGCCGUGUCCCACAGCGCCUCAGCAGGGGAUCUGGGGAGAAAGAGGAGGGAGAAGGAGGAAGAGGCAGUGGGACCAGACUUUGAGCCCUGGUAUUCAAAGAGAGGAGAGAUCCUCACCAGGUUCACCACCACUGAAAAACUCUCCAUUAAUCUUUUCAUGGGCAUUGAUAAAGGAAAAGCUCAAAGUCCAGGAUCCUCAGGUGUUUCUGAGAAAGUCCGAACUCGCCUGGAGGAGCUUGAUGAUCUGGAGGAGGGUUCUCAGAGAGAGAUGCUGAACCUCUCCCAGCAGGAUUACACAAACCGCAUCGAGGAGCUGAACCAGUCCCUGAAGGAGGCCUGGUCCUCGGACCAGAAGGUCAAAGCGCUGAAGAUUGUCAUCCAGUGCUCCAAGCUUCUGUCCGACACCUCUGUGAUCCAGUUCUACCCCAGCAAGUUUGUCCUCAUCACGGACAUCCUCGACACAUUCGGUCAGCUGGUUUAUGAUAGAAUCUGGACCAUGUGCUCGGAUCCGCAGCCUUUGCCGGACUCGUUCACAGUAGAGGACGUGAACGACACGGCCAAGGAGACGUGUCUCAACUGGUUCUUCAAGAUCGCCUCCAUCAGGGAGCUUCUGCCCAGACUAUACGUCGAGGCCGCCAUCCUCAAGUGCAACCGCUUCCUCAACAAAAAUGGCAUCCAGGAGACGCUCCCUCGGUUGACGGCGAUGAUCCGGGGGAUUGGAGAUCCUCUGGUGGCUGCGUACACCAGAGCGUAUCUCUGCAGGAUUGGCAUGGAGGUAGCCCCGCACCUGAAGGACAGCCUGAACCGCAACUUCUUCGACCUGCUCACCACGUUUCGCCAGAUCAGCGGCGAGAGCGUCCGCAACCAGCUGGUGGUGCAGAGGGUGGAGGUGCCCGAGUACCUGACGCUCUACUCGCCCGCCAUCAGCUGGAUCCUGCAGUGCAUCGCCUACAGAGCGCCGGAGCCUCUGCUAACAGAGAUGAUGGAGAGAUGCAAGAAACUGGGAAACAAUGCUUUGCUGCUGAACUCUGUCAUGAGGGCGUUCAGGCCGGAGUUUGUCGCAGCCAGAGCUACGGACUUCAUCGGGAUGAUCAAAGACUGCGACGAGGCCGGUUUCCCAAAGCAUCUGUUGUUCGGGUCUCUGGGUCAGAGUCUGGCGUCUGCCGACCCGCCAGAGUCGGAGAGGCUGACGAUUCUGAACGAAGCCUGGAAGGUCAUCACCAAAGUUCGCAGUCCGGUCGAUUACAUCAGCUGUGCCGAAAUCUGGGUGGAGUUCACAUGCCGACACUUUACCAAACGUGAGGUCAACACCGUCCUCGCUGACAUCAUCAAACACAUGACUCCGGACCGGGCGUUUGAAGACGCCUAUGCUCAGCUCCAGUCUGUCAUCAGGAAGAUCCUCACCUAUUUCCACGACUUCUCCGUCCUCUUCUCCAUGGAGCGUUUCCUGCCGUUUCUGGACAUGUUCCAGAAGGACAGCGUGAGAGUGGAGGUGUGCAGAUCCAUCAUGGAGGUCUUCAUCAAACAUCAGGUGGAUCUCACCAGAGACCCGGUCAUCCUCAACGCUAUGCUGCACAUCUGCAAGACCAUGCACGACUCUGUCAACGCUCUCACUCUGGAGGACGAGAAACGAUCUUUGGCUCUGCUGAUCAUCGGCUUCAUUCGCAUGGUGUCGUUCGGUCGUGACUUUGAGCAGCAGUUGAGUUUCUGUGUGGAGGCCAGAGCCACGUUCUGUAACCUGGAGCCAGUCCUGGUGCAGCUCAUCCACACGGUGAACCAGCUGGCGAUGGAGACCAGGAGGGUGAUGAGGGGGAGUCACUCACGGAAAACAGCGUCAUUUGUCAGGGCUUGUGCGGCCUACAGUUUCAUCACCAUCCCGUCUCUCAGCAGCAUCUUCAGUCGCCUCAGCCUUUAUCUGCUCUCUGGUCAGGUGGCACUGGCCAAUCAGUGUCUCUCUCAAGCCGACGCCUUCCUGAAGGCCGCGGUCAGUAUUCUCCCAGAAGUCCCUCGCUCCAUCAGCAUCGAGGGGAAACUUCGCUCCUCAGAAAGCUUCCUGCUGGAUUUCAUCAACAACUUCCUGGCUACACUUCUGGUUGUCCCGGAUCACCCAGAACACGGUGUGCUCUACUUAGUCCGCGGUCUGCUCAACAUGGUCCAGGAUUACACCUGGGAGGAAAACAGUGACGCCAAGGUGCGCAUUUACAUCAGCGCGCUGCCGCUGCUGGCUGCCAUGAGCCAGGAAACUUACCUCUACUCCAUCCCCAAAGUGGACUCCAAUGAGACGCUCUACGGAGGAGACCCCAAGUUCCUGUCCGAGAUUAACAAGCUGAGCGAGACUCUGAUCGCACAGAUCCUCGACCAUCUGAAGGCACUUGGGCGUGAAGAGCAGAGCACGCGGCGUCAGGGCGCCGUAGCGCUCUCCCUCUUCAGCACGCUGUUGGCUCACGGCGACCUGAGGAACAACAAGCUGAGUCAGCUGACCGUCAACCUGUGGAACCUGAGCCACAAACACGGACACUGCGAGACGCGGAUCUCGGUUCGGACUCUGGAACACAUCAAACACCAGGCUCAGCAGCCUGACAUGGCUCACCUGUCGGAUACAGUCCAGAGACUCACGCUGCAGACCCGCACCUGAACACGUAUGAGCCUCGUAGACACUUCACAUUUGUGUAAAUAAAAAAAAAAAUAAGGAAGUAAAAUGUGAAGAAAAAUCAGUGAAUCAGUUAUAGACAUUUAAGCUGAAGUUACAGAAGAGUGUUUUUGUGCUAGGUCUAAAGAUGCCAACUUUUGUUCUAAAAGUUCAAAUCACAUUUUUUUAACAUAAAAUGCUUCAAUGACUAAAAAACUACAGCUGCAGCACUUUUUUUGAAUUUACACUUUCAGUGUUCACCCGCAGAUCGAAAGAAAAAUAAAACUAAUGUACAGUUUAUGAAUCAUGCGUCAGUAAGUCAUAAGUAAUACUGUUGGUUUUACUGUGUCCACGACUUAAUAAACUGCUUUGUAUUUAAAUACUGA